GCGGAGGAUCUCAUAUGGCCAAUGCAAACAUUGGCACCAACGUUCAGGCACAUUUGCACACUGCGCUCGCGUAGUACACCGUUUGCCUAUCUCUGCGUGAUCGAACUCCCACACUCGUUCAACCUAUGAAGCUCCUCCACCCCUCCCUUCUCGCAGUCGCGUCCUUGGCAUCCGUCACGACCGCCGCAGACACGAUCAGUGUCCUCGGUGCAGGCGUGUUCACGAUCAAGGACGGACGCACGCCGUGUUCUGGCAGUAACACGGACAUCAUUGGUGCUUGCCCUGAGUCGCAAAAUGGCCUUCAGUUCGGUUCGUGCUGCGUCGAGAUCCCUGGUCGGUCCUCAGUUGUCAUGGGGUGCGCACCCCUGCAGUCCGCGGCCGACUCGUGCGCGAACGUCGCUGCCCGCUUGAACGCCCAAAAGGCAGCACAACCCACAGACGCACCAGCCACCACCGCCAAGAAUCCGUCAGUGACACUCGAACCGAGCCUCCUGACCACGUUGUCUCCAUCGACCAAAACGGAAGCCCCGACCCAGAACACUGCUCCUACGUUGCCAGCCUCGUUGGUCAUAGAAACCACCUCCGCCGCACCUGUCGCCGCCACCACAACCACAGCCGCGCCCAAGGCUGCUGACGAGAUAGCUCUCCAGCAAUCGCCCAUGAGCGAUGCCGCCGAUUCGUCGACCGCUCUGAGCGACACGACGUUCAGCAAUGCCAACUCGAUCCUCGUCGGUGCGUCUAUCAUUGGCGUGGCCGUCGCGGUGAUUGGCGGUGUUCUCUUUGUGCGGAAGAACAAAGAUCGCUCUUCCAACGUCGCGGCGUCCCCUUCGACGCCCCCCCAGCCGGCCAGCAUGGCGGCCGUCGCUGCGUUCCCACAAGAAACCCCGUACAACGACGACGACUUUCUCACACCCAAGGACGACCUCGUGUGUCUUUAAUGGCUUUAACAAACCGUUCCAUGCCCGUUCAGCGAAGAACUACUGGUGUCGCCCCGUUGCCAUGGCCUUAGCGUAACGUUGCCGGUACAGUAGUGUGUAAUAUGUUUUCUGUCCACCAAAGUGGCAACACGAUCUUCCUUACACACACACC